CUCUCUAUCAACCCGUGAGCUAAACCCUAAACCUUGAUUUUGCCACUCUCGUGGUUUAAGCACUUUUGCGAACGGGGUCGCGUGCAUUGCUCCUGCACUUCGUUGCAGUUUCUGUAGUUCUUACGUUACGAUUGUAGACGUUGUUUUCUGCUAGGUUUCGGAAAUUUUUGACGUAAAUUUGGGCGGAGUUGGUGCGAGAGUGAGAAAGAGAGAGAGCGAGGGGGAGAAAGGAUGGGGGGUAGAGGGCGGGGAGGAAAGCGGAACCGAACACAGCGACGGGAUUUCAAAGAUGGACGACCGAACGAAUGGAAGCGGUCUCGCCCUGCUUCUGAGCACCAUGCUAACUCCGAACAAGGGUGGAAUCCUUUCGUCAUGGAGAGUCCUGCUUUUGAAGCUUUCUACAAGAAGCAAAAGAUUGUACCCGAAGAGGAAUGGGAGACGUUCAUUGCCACGUUGCGCAAGCCAUUGGCAACUACAUUUCGUAUCAAUGGCAGUGGACAGUUUGCUCAUGAGAUCAGGGAUCAAAUGCAGCGCGACUUUUUUGAUCAAUUGAAAAGUGGGGUUGAGCAGGUAGAUGGGGGAGUCGUCGAGCCUGUACGAGCAUUGGCCUGGUAUCCUGAUAAUUUGGCAUGGCACUUGAACUACUCCCGCAUGCAAAUCCGAAAGAUGCCCAUCCUUGAGCGAAUACACGAAUUCUUGAAGCUAGAGAAUGAGAUUGGAAGUAUUACACGUCAAGAAGCAGUUAGCAUGAUUCCUCCAUUAUUUUUGGAUGUACAGCCUCAUCACAAGGUUCUUGAUAUGUGUGCUGCACCUGGAUCCAAGACCUUUCAGCUGUUAGAGAUGAUCCAUAGAGAUGUCAAACCUGGAGAGCUUUCAGAUGGCAUGGUCAUUGCUAAUGACUCCGACGUGCAGCGGUGUCACCUUUUGAUCCACCAAACCAAGCGCAUGUGUAGUCCGAAUAUCAUGGUCACAAACCAUGAUGCCCAACUUUUCCCAGGACUGAAAGACAGAAGCGGUCACUUUGAGGCUGUUUCAGCAGAUGCUAGCGUGGAGGCUGAAAUUUCGGAGGAAGAGAUAAAUGGGUUAUACUUUGAUCGCAUUCUUUGUGAUGUACCAUGCAGUGGAGAUGGUACUCUUCGCAAAGCUCCAGACAUUUGGAGAAAAUGGAAUUGCGGUGUUGCUAACGGUUUGCAUCGGCUUCAAAUUCAAAUAGCAAUGCGUGGUGUGGCGCUCCUGAAAACUGGUGGGAGAUUGGUGUACUCUACAUGCUCCCUGAAUCCUGUUGAAGAUGAGGCAGUUGUGGGAGAGAUUUUGAGAGAGAGCCGUGGAAGUGUGGAGUUAUUGGAUGUAUCAUCAGAGCUUCCCGAGCUUAAACGACGACCAGGCCUUACUUCUUGGCUGGUCCGAGACAGGAAGAGGUGGCUUUCCUCUGCUUCAAAGAUUGAUAGGCACAGGGCUGGUGCUGUAGUCCCGAGUAUGUUUCCGUCUGGAAACGGAUGGGAUCUUUCAGAUAUUGAACUGUCAACUGGGGUUUCCUCCCCCCCCGCUGAUGUUGAAGAUGAUGCCGAAAAGCAGGAGGCAGAGGAGGCAGAGGAUGACGAAGAUCCACCAGAAGUGGCUACCUUGCCACUAGAGCGAUGUAUGAGGCUUCUUCCCCACGAUCAAGAUACAGGUGGUUUUUUCAUUGCUGUAUUCCGCAAGAUCGCCCCAUUCAAAGCUAUUCCUAAAAUCAAAGAGUCACACAAGUCUCGUCUCCUACGCGCAGUAAACGAGACUCUUACUGCUGAUGGAGAGAAAGGUUUGCUGGUACCUGCGCCUAGCGACCUAGAGACCACCAUCGUGAAUAUGAAUGAUGCUGAUGAUGUUCUUCCUGAAGCUAACUUAUUAGAUGUUCAAGCGGAGGAUACUAUUGAGGUUGAGAAUGCAGUUGAAGCAGUAGAACCUGUUUCUGAUAACGCGGAGGCAGAAGGUACCAAAGAGGCUGAAGAACCAAUGACCGUGAAUUCCCCUAAAGAAGACGAACAGCAGAAGUUGGAGGCCACGGUUUUGGACCCAAAGGAUCCUAACGCAAUCGGUCGGGUUCAACGUCAGGGACGGUGGAAAGGGGUAGACCCUGUUUUUUUCCUUGAAGAUGAGAAGAUCAUCAGUAGUCUUAUAGAUUUCUAUGGAAUCAAAGAAACGUUCCCCGUUCACCAGCAUCUUGUAAUCAGAAGCGAAGAUGUCACUCGCUGCAAACGAAUUUACUAUGUAUCAGCUACUGUAAGCAACGCUAUUAAGAUGAAUUAUCGAUCUGGUGAACAGAUGAAGAUCACCUCUGCUGGGUUGAAGAUAUUUGAACGUCAACAAAUGAAGGAACCUACAUCUUGUAUUUUCAGGAUAGCCUCAGAAGGUCUACCAGUGUUGUUACCUCACAUGACGAAGCAGAUUGUUACAGCUACUAGGGAAGACUUCAGGCUUUUGCUUGCAGAAAAAAUUGUCCAAUUUUCAGCGUUCAGUGACCCUACCUUUGCAGACGUCUUACGUGAGCUGAAGCAUGGAUGCUGCGUUGUAACCCUGCCCACUGAAGGACCUGAUGCUGCCAUCAAUGGAGGAUCAAUGGGUAUAGCUGUGGCAUGUUGGAAAGGAAGGAAUAAUGUAAGUAUUCUUAUAACUAAGGCGGAAGCAAAUCAAAUGCACCAGCGCCUCUCUUUCGUGGAUGAUCCUGUAUCAGGACCUCAAGAAACAGCAGGUGCCAUCGGAGGAGAGUUGGCGACCACUCUAAGUAACGAUGCAACAAUUACUGAUGCUGGAAGUGAUUUGAAACGAAGUCCCAAGGACGAUCAGGUGGUAGCUGAUAGCAUAGUUGAGGAACCUCAGAACGGAAUAAUACCAAGCAAGGCUGACCAAUUAGUUGCCGAAGCCCACGAGCAAACUGGUCAUCUUGGUGAGUGAUAGUGUUGCUGGAAACACUGUCCAGAUUCCUCCUGCAGCUUCUUAGGAUGCAUCUCUUCAUGCAGGAUUUAACAGGAAAUCAUCCUGCACUUUAUAAUGUCUCUGUUGGGUGUGAUCACUUGGUCACUGACAUAGCCAUGAAAUGACGAAACCUCUCCAAAGUAGUGGAGGAUCUUCCCAAACUGUUGGUGUUGUGUAACAUAUUUUUGAUAACUCGUUUCUGGACAGAGAUUUUCUUUACAAUGUAUUUAACCGUUCCUUACAACGUUCUGAAUUUCAAUC